UUUCCGACAUGACACGUUCUAGCAGACCAGUGACUACUGGAUAAGCCCGUCGGCGGCGGAGGCCAAUAGGCGGCAUCCAGCCUGAUCGGCGAUGGAGGGGAAGCAGCUCCAUCCCCUCCUCCUCCCCCACCCUCGCCUCCCAUUCCCAGGCCUCCUCCCCCAUCUCCCCACCUCCCGCUUCCGCCGCCUCCACCACCGCAAGCCCAAGGCAACGCAGCUCGCCGUCUCCCUGCGGCGUCCGCGCGCCAGCCAAGCGGAGACGCCCGGCCGCGGAGGCUGGGAGUGGGCGCGGCACGCUUCCGCGGCGGCGCUGGCGCUCCACCUGGCCGUCUGCUCCCUCCUCUCCCCGUUCCCCAACCCUGCACGCGCGUGCGUCCACCCGCCCCCUCCCGCCGCGGCCGCCGCCGUCGAGGCACAGGAGGAGGACGAUGAGGAGUGGGAGGCCGCGCUGCAGCAGUGGAAGUCCAAGACCUACGCGCUCUCCGUGCCCCUCCGGGUCGUCGCUCUCCGCGGCUCCUUCCCUCCCACAUGGGUCAAGGAUUUCGUUGAAGCGCAGGGGAAUAGGCUCAAAUUCAGCCCCGAGUUCCGCACUAGCAUUGACACGCUCUUCACUGAGCUGUCGCAAUGUGUGGAGAAGGGUGAAGUUCAGUCGAAAUCCGCAAUGGCAGCUGAUGUUGUUUCGAUUGGGGACUCUUGGCUCGGCUAUGCUAUCCGCAAGGGACUGGUAGAACCCAUCAAGAAUGCUGAAGAACAGGAUUGGUAUCGGAGCCUAAGUGACAGAUGGAAGGUUCAUUUGCGCAGGAACCAGAAUGGGGAGGCAGAUUCUAAUGGCUCGGUAUGGGGAGCACCAUACAGAUGGGGCACUGUGGUAAUUGCUUACAAGAAAAGCAAGUUCAAACAACACAACUUGAAGCCAAUACAGGAUUGGGAGGAUUUGUGGAGGCCUGAACUUGCUGGGAAGAUUUCAAUGGUUGAUUCUCCUAGAGAGGUCAUUGGUGCAGUUCUUAAGCGGCUGGGAUCAUCAUACAACACGAUUGACAUGGAAACAGAAGUCAGUGGCGGCAGGGAAGCAAUCUUGAACAGCUUUGUUCAGCUACAAAAGCAGGUUCAACUAUUUGACAGCAUGAACUAUCUGAAAUCGUUUGGAGUUGGUGAUGUUUGGGUUACAGUGGGUUGGAGCAGCGAUGUCAUCCCUGCGGCAAAGAGAAUGUCUAAUGUUGCUGUUGUUGUUCCCAAGUCAGGCAGUAGCCUCUGGGCUGAUUUAUGGGCGAUACCCUGUGCGACAAGAUUCCAAACUGAUCGAAUAGGUGGUAGAACUAGAGGGCCAUCUCCGCUCAUCCACCAGUGGUUCGACUUCUGCCUGCAGAGUGCCCGAAGCUUGCCAUUUCGCCAAGAAAUCAUCCCAGGAGCAUCGCCACUGUUCCUCGAGAACCCAGCCCCAGAGGUUCCUCAAGAUGUGAACAAGAGAAAGCCGAAGUUGGAGACGAACCUUGUCAGAGGAGUACCUCCGCCUGAAAUCCUGGAAAGAUGUGAGUUCUUAGAACCUUUGCCAGACAAAGUGUUGGGUGAUUACCAAUGGCUGAUGUCGAGAGUGCAGAGACCACAUGGCGGUCUGCUUGGAAACAUGUUGCAAAAGAUAUCAAACGUCCUAGACUUGAAAUCUAGAUUUUAGUGCACACAACUAUUGAUAUGAAGUUCAUCAGUCUUUUUUCAAGAUGGCCAUUAACAAACCAAUAGUCUAUAGUAGUAACACUGCAACCAUCCCAUCGGAAAGGACAUGAAAUCUAAUUCUGAGAUUCUGGCGACAAAAACUGAACAUCUUCUCAAGCACAUCCUCGCUUGGUGAAGGACCAGCGUUUGACUUGUUAAUUUCCAAACUUGUAACCUUUGUUGUACUGCAUCUGGAUGUUAGCACCUUUAGGAGUUCCACCUGGUCAUCUGCUCCUGUGAACCAAUUGAUCUCUAUCUCUUCAAGUGAAUCGAGGCUAAUGUUGUCUA